CUUCUCUUUGUCAUGCCUCUCUAAAGAACAAAUGGCGUCUAGGGUUAGAAGGAAGCAGCGGUAGAAGGCGCUAUGCUUGAUCGUGCUCUGGCGGUCGCGUUGCGCGUGUUGGAGGUGUGAUUCCCAGGCGAGCAUCAGAUUGCCGGAGCGAAGCCCUGUUUGAUCGCGAGGUCUAGAUGUUUCGGCGCUAUGCAGUGGCAGCGGUCCGGCGGCGACGGCAGCACCUGAUAAAGGUUUUUGAGGAUUUGGCUUGCUCUGGACGCGCAUUCUCGGCCGAUGCCGCCAGCGCGCCCUCAUGCAGCUAUCGGGAAGGGUUGGAGAAGCGAUUCGUAUCAGAUUCCAGGUUUUCUAAGCUUUUGGUGGACUUGGAGAAAAGAUCUCUUGCCAAGCUAGGCAACAAGCCUUUGUCAGCCACUUUGCAAGGUGCUGCUCCGCGGAGAACGAUUCUCAAAAGACAGUUUUGUUCCGAAGCUCCGAAAAACAAAGGAUAUGAGAACUAUCAUCCUAAGAACAAGAAAGAUCUUCCAAAGGGUCGUGCUGAACAAAGAGCAGAGCAAAAACAUGAGGAUCCCAAGAAUGAGGGUGAUAAAGGUUUCAAGGAGGUAUCUAAGGCCCAACUGCAGUCUUAUAUUUCAACAGCGAUAGGUCUUGCGAUUCUUCUCAGCUCAUUAUCUGUGAGGUUCAACGGUACGCGCCAGCAGAUCAGCUUCCAGGAGUUCAAAAACAAGCUUCUGGAGACUGGUCUCGUUGAUCACAUAGAGGUUGUGAAUAAGGCGGUCGCAAGAGUAUAUGUUCGCGAGACGCCAGUAGCUCAAGGUCAACAAACUCAACCUCAAUCACCGUCUAUUGAUGAGGACUCGUCUGAGUUUCAAACAGAUACCGGUUCAAGCACACAAGCUCCCGCUCGGGUCUAUAGUACGCCGAAGUAUUACAUAAACAUCGGGAGUGUGGAAUCCUUUGAGCGAAAGCUAGAAGAGGCGCAGGCUGCUGCCGGAAAAGAUCCCCAUGACUUUGUUCCUGUUAUCUAUGUUUCGGAGGUCAGCUGGCUCCAGGAGCUUUCUAGCAUGGCUCCUACGCUUCUUUUGAUCGCUGGGAUAUUCUACUUGACGCGCCGACUUCAAGGUGGACUUGGUAUUGGCGGUGGUCCUGGAGGCAUGGGUGGCCGUGGGAUUUUCAACGUCGGAAAAGCCCACGUCACUAAGAUCAACAAAAAUGCCAAGGACAAGGUCACUUUCAAUGAUGUCGCUGGUUGUGACGAAGCCAAGGAAGAGGUUAUGGAAUUUGUCCACUUCCUGAAGAAUCCCAAGAAGUACGAAGAACUUGGCGCCAAGAUACCAAAGGGAGCACUGCUUGUUGGACCACCCGGAACUGGAAAAACUUUACUCGCAAAGGCAACGGCUGGAGAAGCAUCCGUGCCUUUCCUUUCCAUCAGCGGUUCCGACUUCAUGGAGAUGUUCGUUGGCGUUGGUCCGUCCAGGGUGAGGGACCUGUUCGCUCAAGCUCGGCAGUGUGCUCCCAGUAUAAUAUUCAUCGACGAGAUCGACGCGAUCGGAAGAGCAAGAGGCCGUGGCGGUUUUGCUGGAGCAAAUGACGAGCGUGAGAGCACGUUGAACCAGCUUCUCGUAGAAAUGGAUGGUUUUGCGACGACAGCGGGGGUGGUGGUUCUAGCUGGCACCAACAGGCCAGAUAUCCUUGACAAGGCGCUUUUGAGGCCUGGACGAUUCGAUCGACAGAUAGCUCUUGACAAGCCAGACGCCAAAGGCCGGGAACAGAUUUUCCGAAUCUAUCUCAAGAAACUUAAGCUAGAUCAGGAUCCGGAGCAGUUCGUGGGAGACUUGGCAAGAAUUACCGUGGGAUUUUCAGGGGCUGAUAUUGCAAACGUCUGCAAUGAGGCUGCUCUUUGCGCCGCAAGAGAGGAGCACAAAGUGAUCUCGAUGAAGGACUUCGAGGCAGCUAUCGACAGGGUUCUUGGUGGAAUGGAGAAGAAGAACAAGGUGAUAAGCCCCGAGGAAAGGAGAACAGUUGCGUACCACGAGGCAGGACAUGCAGUUGCGGGCUGGUUUCUGGAGCAUGCGGAGCCUCUGAUCAAGGUGUCGAUCGUUCCUCGUGGCUCAGCGGCUUUGGGUUUCGCGCAGUACUUUCCAAACGAGAACUUGCUGAUGACGAAAGAGCAAAUGCUAGACAUGACUUGCAUGGCUCUUGGUGGCCGUGCUGCUGAACAGGUCAUGCUCGGGAAAAUCUCGACCGGAGCGCAAAACGACCUGGAGAGAGUGACGAGGCUAACUUACGCCCAGGUGGCCGUGUAUGGAUUCAGCGAAAAGGUGGGCCUUCUAUCCUUCCCCCAGAAAGAGGACGGCAUGGAGCUGUCCAAGCCAUACAGCAACGAGACCGGCGAGCUCAUCGACCGGGAGGUCCGGGAAUGGACAGACCGGGCCUACAAGAGAACCGUGGCGCUGCUGGAAGAGCACAAGGAGGGCCUGGAGAAGCUCGCGCAGCAGCUCCUGGCGCGAGAGGUUCUCCACUACAACGAUCUGGUGGAAGUUCUUGGGCCGAGGCCGUUCAAGACCGCCGAGUCCGGCCAGUUGGAUCGAAUCAGGCAGAGGUUCCAGGGAGGAGAUGGAGACUGUGAGAAAAAAAGUGAGGAGAAGAGUGAGGAAAAGAGUGAGGAGGAGGAAAGAGUCGUGGAUGAUGGUCCAACUCCAGCGCUAGCUUGAGAGAGGUCAAGUAGAGAGAGCUCUAGUGUCUCCUUUUCUUUUUGGUUUCUUCUUGGCUUUUGUAUGUUUAUGCGCGUUCUAAAUAAGCGCUACUGUGUGUGUUGUGUUGCAAGAGAGAGGGAGCUUUGACAAGACCAUGAAGAAAAAAGAAGUUUCCAUGAAUUAAAAAAACUUUGACCAUA